AACUUUGUAUUCGUAAGAUAAGGUUGGCCAAACCGGUAAAUAUUGUCACAUUUUCGUUUACUCAACAAAGGCUACAUAGAGUUACUGCUAUUAUCUUAGAUUUGGAUUAUUGGAACAUGCUGGAAGGUCAAACAAUUGAGUUCGAAGAUGUGCAAUUCGAAGUACCCUGGGGAUAUGUUGUUGGACGGUGGUAUGGCAAUCGCAAAGUUCGACCCCUUUUGGCUUUGCAUGGCUGGCAAGAUAAUUUGGGCACUUGGGAUAGAUUAAUUCCACUGCUGCCAAGGCAUAUUGGCUAUCUCUGCAUCGAUUUGCCUGGUCAAGGGCGAUCCUCGAAAUACCCCCUAGGUAUGAUAUACCAUGUCAUUGACUACGUACACAUAGUGGCACGCAUUGUGCAGGAGUACAAAUGGCGCAAGGUGUCCCUGAUGGGCCACUCCAUGGGCGGAGUGGUGGCGUUCGCCUAUGCCUCACUAUAUCCCAACAAAGUGGAUUUGCUUAUACAAAUUGACAUUUUAAAACAGCCGCAUAGGGGCAAAGAAUAUCUAUUGGCCAUGAUACGCAAUGGCGCAGAAAAAACCAUGGUGGAGAAUGAACGUCUCCAACAGCUGCAUAAACGCGAGCCCCCUUCGUACACAUACGAGGAGUUGGAAGAAGUUCUACACAAGGGCUCAAAAAACUCCAUAGCAAGGGAGAAUUGCAAACAUGUUCUGAAUCGAAGCAUAAUGCCCUCGCAGCUGUAUCCGGAGAAAUUUUACUUUUCUAGAGAUGCCAGAAUGAAAUGGUAUCAGGAGUUUAGCGAUGAACCUGGCUUAGCCAUCGAAAUGGCCAAACGCAUGAGAAAUGUAAAUUAUUUGCUGAUAAAAGCCUCACGAACGCGACAUGUGACGGCAGAAAUGGAGCCCAUCAUAAAAGUUAUACGCGAAUAUGUGCCCCAUUUUGAACUGCACCAAGUUGAGGGUACUCACCAUGUACAUUUAAAUAAUCCCGAAGGAGUGGCCAAGCCAGUGGGACGCUUCAUACUAAAAUAUCGCCCUGCAUCGUUGGAUAGCUGGUCAAUGGAUUAUGCUCUGAAACAUAGUAAAUUAUAAAUGUUCAUCGACACGGUUUGCAUGUAUUAAUCAAUAAUUAUUUACAAAAAAUAGAGGUUGUUAAAGUCGUAUAUAUUUUAAGUACUUAGGUGAAUGAAUUUAUUAAUGAAAUCAAAAUCUGUUGCAAAUUUAAUAAA